AUGACUGCCGACUACCCGAAUUUUAAGACAAUUGCCCUCGAUAGCGAGUACUUGGAGGACAUCAAGUCCAACAUUCGCAACAGACCCAUUGCGUGGGACGGGUUUGCUCGCACCAAAGAAUUGACCGAGGAUGAAGCCGCCAAGAUUAAGACCUUGAGUCAGGCAGCCACUAUACAGCAGAAGGCGGCGGCUAUCGACCAGGCGCCCGCGGUAUACGCAACGACGUUGUUGUCUGUAUUAGACAAGAUCAAGCGCGACGACGUGCUCAAGUCUUUGCUAGUGUUGACCAACGACCUUUUGCUCGGCGUGCCCAUCUUUUCCGAGGAGUUGUUAAAACUCUCGCUCGACGCAGACACGUUGCCAUACGAGCCGUUUACGAAGUUCUUGGGCUCUGCUGAUGAAUCUAUUAAGGUAUUGGGAGUGUACAACUUGGUCAUUUUAUUGGCGCAGCGCGCAUACACUAAGCACGCGUACGUGGCACAGACUGUGGAUGUGUUAAGCAAGACGAUUGCGGCGUCCACCAACUUAGAUAGCGUUGCAACCGCUGUCCAGUUGUUGAGACACCUCUUCACGCUCCCAGAGUACCGCGAGGUGUACUGGAAAAGCCAUGCAACGCUCUUCCCGCCGUUAUUAACGUUCCUCCAGUCAGGCAAGGGUGAUUUGCAGGUCCGGUACCACACGUUGUUAGCGGUGUGGUUGUUGACCUUCAGCGAGCGCAUCUCUGUGGAGAUGCCAUUGCACUAUCAGGGUGUGUUGAAGGUGUUGACGGGCAUUGCGAAGAACUCUAUCAAGGAGAAAAUUACGCGUCUUGCGAUCGCUAUCUUGCAUAACUUUGUGGCGCCAAAAAGUGCGGCUUACGCAGAGGCCAAGACCAAGGUUGUCAAAGUGUUGUUGUUGAACAACGUGUUGCCGUUGAUGAAGACGUUUUCUGAGAGAAGAUGGAGUGACGAGGAGUUGGUAGCCGAUUUGGCUGCUUUGACAGAAACACUCAACAAUGCCUUAGUCUCGUUGACUUCCAUGGACGAGUAUCUCCUUGAGUUGGACUCGGGGAAGAUGACCAACUCACCGCCGCACUCCUCUGAGGAGUUCUGGCACGAAAACGUCUUCCGUUUCAAGGAAAACAACUUCCAGUUGUUCAAGCGCCUCUUGGCCUUGUUGCGAACCGACUUGUCCAGCAUCUACAACCCCCAGAUCAUCUUGAACGAUGUCACCUGCGUCGUAAGCAAGAUUCCGGAGGCGAGCAAGGUUGUUGCCCAGACCGGUGCCAAAGCCGUUAUCAUGGAGUUGAUGACCAUCGGCAGCCCCGAGGUGAGAUACGAGGCGUUGAAGGCCACGCAGGCGCUUGUGGCGAAUACGUUUAACUAG